CUCUCGGGCCCAACCUGUGGAUGAGGAGCUGCACUGAUGCUAAACACAGCCUGGCGAUCACCCACCUGGGAGAGAAAGCAAGAUGUGUCAGUCCGAGGAGCCAGAGAGGUCACAUGGGGUCACCAGCUCUGACCCUCUGGUGAGAGAGGCCUACCUGAUGGCCCACGACUACAUCGACUACGUCACCGCGGGGUCGGGCGGCCGCGUGGCUCCGCCCCCCACCGCCUGCGCCGCGGCCCUGCGUCACGCCGGCGACGAGCUCCUCGUCCGCUUCCCCAUCUUCUUCAGGCGCUGGCCGCGCGUCUUCCAGGACGUGACCGAGGCCUCGGUCUGCCCCAUGCUCAUGGCCAUCCUGGACGAGCACUUUGCCCCCACGACCUCUGGGGGGCACCAGAGAGAGCUGGCCUGGAGCGCAGUGUUGUCGGUCUAUGUGCUGGCCGGCCAGAUGGCCCUGCACUGCCGUGACAUGGGCAUGGUGACGGUCCUGCCCCAGCUGAAGGAGAGUGUGGGCAGCUACGUGGAGAGGGUAAUCUGCCCGGAGAUAAGAGACAGGGGUGGCUGGACCGGCUUUGUAAGUCGCUUCGGGCGAAAGCAGAACUUGGAGGGUCAGGUGAAGAAAGUGUGUUGUUGGACACUACUCCUGUUGGCCACAAGUAUCCUCGCCUACUUCCUGUGGAAAAGAAGAAUGUCUUAAACAACAGCCCCACCUAGUGAUCAGCAUGAGUCGUGUUAAAAAACAUAUGCAGUAGAUGUAGUUCUUUCUAGAAGGAUCAAGAGAUUGUUUUCCGCACAUGUGGUUGUCAUGAAUUUGUUGUAAUAAAGUUUACAUUAUAUUGUC